CUUCCCAGCUCUUACAAUGCUUGCUUGUUUUCACAGUACAGCAGAAGGAAACACCUUGGAAAAAGAGUAACAUUCUAGAAAAUUGUACGAUUUAUUUUUCUUUCCAGAUUCCCUCAUCUGUGUAGGAUUCCUUUGCUGAACACCACAUCAAAGGGAUCUUCCGCAUUUAAAGCAGGCGACGUAUCAUGCUGAAGAGGGAAGAGAAGGUCCGACUUUACACUAAAACCCCAGAUGGAGGUUGGGGAUGGAUGGUUGUAUUUCAUUUCUUCCUGGUAAAUGUGUUUGUGACGGGGAUGACCAAGACUUUUGCAAUUUUCUUUGUGGUUUUUCAAGAAGAAUUUGAAGGCACCUCAGAGCAAAUUGGCUGGAUUGGAUCCAUCAUGUCAUCACUUCGUUUUUUUGGAGGUCCCCUGGUUGCCAUUAUGUGUGACAUAAUUGGAGAGAAAACUGCCUCCAGUCUUGGGGCUUUCCUUGUUUUUGGUGGAUAUCUGCUCAGCAGCCAGGCUACAAGCAUUCCCUUUCUUUGUGUGACUAUGGGACUUUUACCUGGUUUGGGUUCCGCUUUCCUAUACCAAGUAGCUGCAGUGGUAACUACCAAAUACUUCAAAAGACGAUUAGCUCUUUCUACAGCUAUUGCCCGUUCUGGGAUGGGACUGACGUUUCUGUUAGCACCUUUUACGAAAGUCCUGAUGGAUCUGUAUGACUGGACAGGUGCCCUUAUAUUAUUUGGAGCUAUCACAUUGAAUUUGGUGCCUUCUAGUAUGCUCUUAACACCCAUCCAGAUCAAAAGUGAGAGCAAUUCUGAUAUUAAAGAUAAAGGGAACAGUUUGCCUGCAAGUGGUCCAGACGCAGGGUGUGGGCCAGAAACAGCAUCCUGCCGUGAGAUACAAGAGUCUACCACGAGGGACAGCACUGUGCAGAAGGCUGGACAACCCAGCACAACAUUAACGGUUUCACAAAGUCAAAACAAAGAGGUCAACAAUGGGCCCGAGAGAAACAGACUGUUCCUAAUAACUAAGGAAGAAAGUCACAAGAAAAAGGCUAUGUCAUGGAGCUGUAAACAAAAAUUCUUUGAUAUUUCUCUUUUUAAGAAUCCUUUCUUUUCCAUAUUUACUUGGACUUUUCUCCUCAGUCAGUUGGCAUAUUUCAUCCCUACCUUUCACCUGGUAGCCAGAGCCAAAACACUGGGGAUUGACAUCAUGGAUGCCUCCUACCUCAUUUCUGUAGCUGGUAUCAGUGAGACAGUCAGUCAGAUUAUCUCUGGAUGGGUUGCUGAUCAAAACUGGAUGAAGAAGUAUCAUUACCACAAGUCUUACCUCAUCCUCUGCGGCAUCACUAACCUGCUUGCUCCUUUAGCCACCACAUUUCCACUACUUAUGACCUAUACCAUCUUCUUUGCCAUUUUCUCUGGUGGUUACCUGGCAUUGAUACUUCCUGUACUGGUUGAUCUGUCUGGGAAUUCCACUGUACACAGGUUUUUGGGACUUGCCAGUUUCUUUGCUGGGAUGGCUAUCCUUGCUGGACCACCUAUAGCAGGCUGGUUAUAUGAUUAUACCCAGACAUACACUGGCUCCUUCUUCUUCUCUGGCAUAUGCUAUCUCCUCUCUUCAGUUUCCCUUUUCUUUGUACCAUUGGCUGAGAGAAGGAAAAACGGAGUCUGACCAGAAAGAAAGAGGACUGCAAUCAAGCGAGAGCGUAACAAAAGAAAAUCUAAACUAAUCAGUCAUUGGAAACAAAAGCUAGGAAGAAAACAGUUUCCUCAUUUGUAAAAUGAGAAGGUGAAGCAGACAGUUUUUAAGUUCUUUUUGCUUUAGCAUUCUGAGGAAUCUAACUGGCAGUAAGAAAAGAGUAAUAGCAACUUAAAUUAAACUGUUAGUAGUUAAUCAAAUAGGCCAACAUUUUUCAUUAGCAGAAGCAGCUACCUUAGGUAUUAAAUGAAAAUCAGAAUGUGCUUUAACAAUAAAUUAAUCAAACUCUCAAUUGUACCAUAGUAAUUCAAUACUAAAAUAUGUGAAGAUGGAAAAUAGUUUUUCCUAGUUUAAAGAGUUACUAAACACAGCCAUUGGUUGACUACAACUCUGGAAUCUGAAUGCAUAUUAACACCUUGCUUAGUGACUGGAACAGUAUACACCCCCCCCAAAAAGUUUAUCCUUGUGUAUUGAUUAGAAGUAAUCUUUUUUUUCUUUUCAUUAUUUUGUUUCUUAAACUUUCUAUGAUAAACAUGUAUUGCUAUGUAACAAAAAAUAAAUAGGACUUGCUAAAAAAAAACCCAAACAAACCAUAAACCUUUAUUUCAAGAUCAUUUGAACAGUAUUCCUGCCCAUCCAAACAGUAUUAUUUUUUCAGUACACCUAAUUAUCUAAAAUAUCAAGCUAAAUAUCUAGAUGUGUCUUUAGAACUACAAAUUUUAUAUGAAUGGUGAAUAGGUGCUUUUAAUGGGAGAUAAACUUAAAUUAAAAGAAGUUUCUUAAAUAUGGAAUAAUCAUGUUAACUAAUUAAUAAUGUCACUUAGAUUAAGCAAUUACAUGUGAAUAGAGUGCUUCAUCACCUGGGUGAUUUUAAGAGGAAAAAUAACCAGCUAGAGUUCUCUGCAACACCAACCUCCCUGAUGAUCUCCUUCAGAAUGCUCCUUAAAACUAUUAUUAUCAUUCCACCCUUCCGUUCCUCUCUGCUUUAAAAUAUCUAUUGAUUCCCUAUAGAGAAAAAUCCUAAACCGAAAACUUGGUUUUAGCUCCAAAACGCCAUACCCUCCAUUCCCUAGGUAUGCCUUUGUGCGAGCUCUGCCACCAGCUACAAUCCCAAAGGCUCGCCUUUUCCCACCUGGCACAGUCUCACUGAUCCUUCACAACCUGACUGACUCAAAGGUCACCUUUUCUGGAAAAUCUUCCCCAGCACUGUCAUUCUCUCAUGUGGAAUCCCAUCUAACUUUUAACAGAGUACUAUAUGAGCUUACAUGUCAAUCUUUCCCAUCAGUCUGCAAGAUCAACAAGAUGAGUAAUGUUUUAUUCAUCUUUGUAUUCCCCGAGGCCCAUCAUAAACUUUGGAACCAAAUUAAUCUGUGUUCAAAUCUCAGUUAUCUUUAAAAAAGUAAUGGUUCUAUUUAAAAUGUAUAGGUUUUACAUUUAGAAGUACGUGUCCAACAUUCUUUUUACAUUUUAUAUGUAAGAUAAUAUGAAAAAAAAAACAGA